ACUGAGCUACAGACUCUGCAAUCGAAUUGUUUUUUGUUUGUAAAUUUGUAGAUUUCUUCAACUUCUUGUGUUUUGUUUAUAAAAACCCCGAAAAUGAAAUUUCGAUUCUGUGGUGAUGGCGAUUGUCCAGACUGGAUAUUAGCCGAAAUUAUAUCAACACUCUCGGUGUUGGAUUCUAAAAAAUUCAUGGACUUGGCUUCGAUUGUGGCUAAAAAAAUUAUUGGUGAACCAUUUGAGGAAUCUGGUGUACGUUCUAUCACAUCGACCUUAGAAGAUGAUGGUAAAUCAGCUGUAGCUUGUAUAAAUUACUUACUUAUAAGUGCAGCUAGGCAUAGUACGGAUGGAACUGUGUUUAAUGAAGAACUGCAGCAGUUGGGUCUUCCGAAAGAUCAUGCAGCUGUUAUGUGCCGGGUUCUGUCAGACUAUUCAGCACCUAUUCGAAAGAAGCUUAUGGGUCUUUCACUCAAAAUUAAUGAACUUGGUUCGGUGAGUUUCAAUAAACCAGAUAACACAAUUGACUGUGUUCAACUUGAACUAGAAGUUCUGCAGGAACUUAAUGGUGCUGGCUUGCCAAUGGAUGUUAUUCAUAAAGUUAAUAUCGAUUCAGCAAAUCUAAGAGCUUUAUUGAAGGAUAUGAAAGAAGCUCGAGAAAUUAUACGAGAAUAUGAUUUCGAAGGAAAAUAUUACAAAGAUAAUAUGUGCUAGUAAAAUAAGUAUACAAUUAAGACGAAGUAAUAUAGUCAAGACUAAGACGAAGAUUCAAGCAAUCAAGAAUUAAU